UGAGAAGAAAGGAGAGUACACGAAUAACCAAAGAUACCAGAGAAUGGCGCUCACACUACUGCUUAGCAUUUGCUUCAUGGAAGCUGUAUUCGGAUUAGACGCACAGGAGGCGCAACUCAUGCUGCAAGUACACAAUGAACAUCGAGAAUACCGAAGCAAGUGUGAGGAAACGGACAUAGUGCCAGCGGAGGAAUUAUUACAGCCUCUUGAGUGGGACGAUGAACUGGCGGCUGCCGCUCAAAUGUGGUCCGAAAACUGUGAUGUUCACGACAAGAAACCGACCGGAAAAGUUGGUAAAUUUGACUCCGUGGGUCGAAACACCGCUGUACAAUCCGAAUUGGCAGAAGCUGUUACUUAUUGGAUGAAAGAAUCGGAUCACUAUGACCACAACUCAGACCAAUGUGAGCCACCGCAUCAAUGCGACAGUUACAAGCAGGUAGUUCAAUCAGACACGAAUUACGUCGGAUGUGGCUAUACCAGAUGUCCGGGCUAUGAAUAUCCAGCAAACAUGUUGAUUGCCUGUUUCUACUCACCCGCGGUGAGAAGUGGUCAACCGUACACUGACGGAAAGAUCGGAAGAUGCAAAAUUCCGAAUAAGAUGGAGGGUUCGAGGAAGUAGAAGGAGGAAGUGGAAGAGAAGUGAAGC